AUGAUCAUGGAGGCGAUUUCCCUCAACAAUAGGAUGUUUCAGAACACCAAAGGACAAUCAUUCUCACAAUUUUCUAAAGACAAAUAUUGCUCCAUAGUAGUCAAUAUGGAUUUCAACAAAUGGAAUAGUUUCAUGAGAAGAGAAGAAACAGAUGGAAUUUUCUCUGAUUUUGGCAAUUUAUUUGGUUUCAAUAGAGUUUUUACCAGAACUCAAGGCAUGUUUAAACUGCCUACAUUAUAA